CCAUCAAUAAACCUCUUCCUCUCUUCCCCAAACCCUUCCUUAAACCUCCCCAUCUCUCUCUCCUUCCUUCUUCCAUCUCCUCUUCUUUUCCUUCACUCAUCGAUGGAGUCUCCUCCUACUUCUCAUCUCCCUCACCAGCCGAACCGUUCUCAAACCCCUUUUAUUUACAACAACGAAGACGACGACGAAAAGCCUCGAGAAGAGUGCGGCGUCGUCGGAAUCUACGGCGACCCAGAGGCUUCACGGCUCUGUUACUUAGCUCUCCACGCGCUUCAACAUCGUGGCCAAGAAGGUGCAGGUAUUGUAACUGUUAGCAGUGAAAAGGUUCUUCAAACCAUUACAGGUGUUGGUUUAGUCUCUGAGGUUUUCAACGAAUCCAAACUCGAUCAGUUACCUGGUGAAUUCGCAAUCGGCCAUGUCCGUUACUCAACCGCCGGAUCUUCAAUGCUCAAGAACGUUCAGCCUUUCGUCGCGGGUUACCGAUUUGGUUCAAUCGGUGUUGCCCACAAUGGUAAUUUAGUAAAUUACAAGACUUUGAGAGCUAUGCUUGAAGAGAACGGUUCCAUAUUCAAUACUAGCUCUGAUACUGAGGUUGUGCUUCAUUUGAUUGCGAUUUCUAAAGCUAGACCCUUUUUUAUGAGAAUCAUUGAUGCUUGUGAGAAGCUUCAAGGUGCUUAUUCGAUGGUGUUUGUUACUGAGGAUAAGCUUGUUGCUGUUCGUGACCCAUAUGGGUUUAGGCCAUUAGUUAUGGGUAGGAGAAGUAACGGAGCUGUUGUUUUCGCUUCCGAGACUUGUGCUCUUGAUUUGAUUGAAGCUACUUAUGAGAGAGAGGUUUAUCCUGGUGAGGUUUUGGUUGUGGACAAGGAUGGUGUGAAGUCUCAGUGUUUGAUGCCUCGUCCUGAGAUCAAGCAAUGUAUUUUCGAACACAUCUACUUCUCUUUGCCUAACUCGAUUGUGUUUGGUCGAUCUGUGUAUGAAUCUAGGCAUGUCUUUGGUGAGAUUUUGGCGACAGAGUCCCCUGUUGAGUGCGAUGUUGUGAUCGCUGUGCCUGACUCUGGCGUUGUGGCUGCUCUCGGGUACGCUGCGAAAUCGGGUGUGCCGUUUCAGCAGGGACUGAUUAGGUCUCAUUAUGUAGGGAGGACGUUCAUUGAGCCGUCUCAGAAGAUCAGAGACUUUGGUGUGAAGCUUAAGCUGUCUCCUGUUCGUGGGGUUUUAGAAGGGAAGAGAGUUGUUGUGGUGGAUGAUUCUAUUGUGAGGGGCACCACUUCGUCUAAGAUUGUGCGUUUACUGAGAGAAGCGGGUGCGAAAGAGGUUCAUAUGAGGAUUGCUAGUCCUCCUAUUGUGGCUUCUUGUUACUAUGGAGUGGACACACCUAGCUCAGAGGAGUUGAUAUCCAACAGAUUGAGUGUUGAGGAGAUUAGCGAGUUCAUCGGGAGUGACUCUCUUGCGUUUCUGUCGUUCGAUACCUUGAAGAAACACUUAGGGAAAGACUCAAAGAGCUUCUGCUAUGCGUGCUUCACAGGUGACUAUCCCGUGAAGCCCACUGAAGUUAAGGUGAAACGAGGAGGAGGGGAUUUCAUUGAUGACGGUCUCGUUGGUAGCUUCGAAAACAUCGAAGCAGGUUGGGUUCGGUAACGAGAGACUAAUGGUGGUGAAAAGAUCUUUAGUAGAUUCUUAAGUGUAUGCUUUGUUUUUUAUUUUAUUUUAUCAGUUUGACAUUAUAGUCAUAUUUAGAUAUUUGUUUUGUUUGAAUCUUGAAAGAUUUUGAUCUCACAGCGGGUCCUUUUAUGAAUCCAAUCUUAUUUGUAGACA